UUCCAAGGCCAGAAGGACACCAUGUUGGCUCUGGUAGAUCGCAGCCCGGUGUGGGAGCUAGAAUUCUACCGUUGAGGCCAGCGAAGCGUGCUCGUGUGUGGACCACUUUCAGCCUUCGCGACGUCAGCGGGUGUCGGAUCGUCGCCAGGGAUCUUCCUAGCACGAACGAUGUCACGUGCAAGCAACUUUCCUCGCGGAACUUCCGAACGGAACUGCAUCUUUCAAUACGCUUUUGGUUUCCUACUCACACCCCCGACUUACACAAAAUGGCGCUAGUAGCUUACCGGAACCUGCUGCGAUCUGCGCGCAUCGCCUUCGAGGGCGACAUGAACACCCUCUUCGCCGCCCGCGCCGAAGCCCGCAAGAAGUUCGAGUCGAACCGCAACCUGCGAGUCGGAAGCGAGGAAUUGCAAGCGUCAUUAGUACAUGCCGAAGAAGUAGCCAAGUUCCUACGAGAGAACGUUGUUCAAGGGCAAGCAGCGGCGGAACAGGACAGUUACAAGCUACGGAUACACGAGCACACCGAAAGAGGCGACAACGAGGAUAUCAAGAAGGGAAAGGGAAAGACUACAUUGGGAGGAACCAAAUGCUGUUCCUCCUAGGCUUUUAUCCACAAAAAAUAAAUCAUGAUACCCGUAC